UUCAUCUAACCAGAAACAAUCCAUUUCCAUUCCAAUUCUGCCAUGGAUUCAGAUUCUGUUAACAAAAUCUCAAAGGCAUCAGUUAGCCUUAAUUUGAAUGAUCAAAGUAACUCAAAAAGAAGAAAGCAGCCCAAGUGGUUCAUUACUUUAAUCAUCUUUUUCAUUCUCAUCAUCGUCGCCAUCAUCUCUGUUUUAACGAUGAUUAAGCGAGAUUACGAAUCUGAAUUACCUGCCAAUAACCCAGAAAAGGCAAUCAAAUCCAUUUGCUCGCCGACUCCGUACUACCAGACAUGCUUUAACUACAUGUCUAAUUCCCUCUACAAAAAUAAAAAAUUAGGAUCAACAAAAAUCAACUCAUAUCAAAUAUUCUCCAUCUCACUUCAUACCGUAAUCGACGAGCUCCAGAAAGUCAGUUACUCACUCAAAUCGUCCGAUUCCUCUACUGAUCAGUCAACUGUAAGUCACUGCAACUAUCUGUAUUUCAACAAAUCACUGAGUCAAUUGAACAGUUAUUUGGCGAUCGAUGAAGAGAAAAACAUGACUAUGAGAUCUGAAAUGCUUGACUGGCUCCAAACUGAAAGGCCCAAAAUUGCGAGAUGUCUGUAUUCGUUGAAGUUAGACAAGGGAUUGGACACAGAAAACGCGAACAAUUGCUUGAUGAUUCUGGUGAAUAUGAACAGCAUCUCUGAGAUGCUUAAUCCAUCCAUUAACUUUUUCACUUCAGAUCCAUUUCGAAGCUCGGGGAGAAGUACCGUCGCUUUACUUUUCUCGGAUCGAGAAUUCGUGGAUACAGUGUGUAUUUUUGGCGUGCAGUUUAUUUUCUUGCUGUUUUUGGUUUGUAUUCUUUUACGUGUUUGGUGAUAAAUAAGCUGAUUAUUCAAAUUAUAA